CGCGACACUCAGACCGACCCGUCACCCCGCCAUCCAUUCGCCCCUACGCAUACCUGUCACCUCUCGCUAUACCUACUCAAAAUGACGGGCCCGCCCACUCCUCCCUUGACCACAGAAGCAGAGAUUCAGGAUGCGGCACGCAGUUCCAACCCACCUCAGCCCACUCCGAUGGCGACAGACACAGACCCAACGACCCCGCCACCCGAGCAGCCCCCACAGUCACAGCAGACAGAACCAGCCUCUGUCACCGACGCAGAGCCACAGGGCACGGCCUACGAAAGGCUCUUCCUUACCUUGGCGGACCUCGCUGCACAGGGCCGGUAUCGCGAAUUGGCUCUCGAGGCAGAGCGAGGAGAUGCUGCCGAGGGAAACGUUCACGAUGUGACGCGACUGUUUGUGCUCGCGCCUCUGGUGCUUGCGUAUCUCGUUCUCGACGAUGUCGCCGCGGCCCGCCAUGCUCUGACGAGGUUGCCGGAAUCACACCUCCGUCUACCCGUAUCGAUGAGUCUGUUCGGUAUCUUGACUGCCGUACACAACCGACAGCACGAAGCCGUCUACGCCCGCGCGGAGGAUCUGUUCAACCUGUGUCAUCAACCUGCUUUGUCGGGAGGGAAGCUGGGGACGGUCCUUGCAGGCAUGACUACGGCAUUUAUUGAUGCAUUCAGGACGAAAACCUUUACCCUUCUGGGCAAGGCCUACACAACUAUUUCCGUUCCAUUGGCACAGAGCUAUUUGGGUUUGCCAAUCGAUCAGAUUCUUGCUGCUGCUGCAAACAAUGGUUGGGCAUACGAUGCGGCUGCCCAAGUCCUGACACCGCCUCGAAGUGCAACACGGACGCGUGUGGUGAUUACGGAUCCGUCGACAUUGUCCACGCUCGGCGCGGUUGUGGAUGGCAUUGCUAGGGUCUGAUCUCGCAUUCCAGUCUUUCCAUGAAGCAAGUGUAUCAUCAGCCACAGUACACAAGCAGACGCCCGAGCGUGGUUGUAUUUUAGGUCGCUGGAAGUCUUGUAGAAUAUGACGCUGUUUCUGGAGUGCCCAUGUCAGCUAAGUGACAAGUGCAUCUAUAUAUACAGCCGAUGAGAGGUUAUCCAGUCGCAGGGGUCAAAAUCCCAAUCAGCCAACGUAUUCAUAAUGGUAACAGGAAAUCGAUUUUGAUGCUCCCUGGAGUCUGCCUUGCCAUCUCACAACGACAGACUCGGAGCGCCUAUAGUUCUUAC